CCUUUUGAUGUAAGUGUAACUGAAGACUUGAAAGGGAACACCGCGCCGUUUCUCCCCCUCUUUAUAGCCGCCCUCUUUGUUUUCUCCGGCGACAGCCGUCUCCAGCGAGCGGGCGAGUGGCGGUGGGUCUGGUGAGUCGGGGACGUUCUGGGAUGGUGUGUGGGCCCUGGCGACGGGGUUAGUCGGCUGCCGUCAACACGGACACGAUUGCGGGCAGGAGGAACGCGGCGGCGCUGGGGGGCGACGGCGGCGGCUGGUACGAGCCGCCCGGCACCUUACCCCCCGAGCCCGGCCAGAAAGGGGAGCCCUACCCGUACCAGGACUGCGUGUACGAGCAGAGCUACAUGGAGCAGCGCCUGGUGAGGAAGACCGUCCCCGAGGCGGGCGGCCUCUACCACAGGCCGCCGAUGGCCGCCAGGGCCUCCCUGCCCCCUCAGGAGUACUACCUUCAGGACCCGGGGCUGGCCGAGCGGCUGCCCGAAGACCCGCACGGCUUUUAUACCGCCGAGCAGCACCCGCUCAGCCGAUCAGCCGCGCUUUACGGAGCGGCGGGGGGCCGGGUCACGUGGGAUCAAGGACAAGCCAGGACGGCUCCCACCGCAGCUACACCUGCUCCUCUCCCCCUCCACCCUCCUCCUCCUCCUCCUCCCCCCCCUCCUCCCUCGGCUCAGGAGCUUAGCCGCUUGUACAGGGAUCCUGUCACCGCGAAGGUGAUGCCAGACGGCCAUCGCAUUAGCAAUAGGGACCUCUCUCCAGCGCGCUACGGGGUCCAGCCACCUGUCCCACGGUACGGCGCCGAGCCGCCCGCUCUCUCGGGCCGGCCCAUCUACAGCGACGUCAACGGCCAGCCCCUGGACCCGCGCCAGACAGCGGCCACCUGCCUGGUGGUGGACUCAGCCUCCCAGGGACUCGACGGGACCGUCGGGCGCGGGAUCAUGCUGCGUCAGGAGAACCCGUCCGCGUACGGAGCCUCGGCCGCCGCCGCCCAGCGGCUGCCCUACGACCCCGCCUACGACCCCGGCCUGGCCCCCGCGGCGCAGGGCUCCGCCGCCCUCCCCCCGCACCACCCCCAGGCGACCAUGGCGGCGGCGGGCGACCCCAAGCGGACGGUGGACCCCGAGUUCCUGGCCCUGCUCCGGGCCGAGGGCCUGGCGGAGAGCACCAUAACGCUGCUGCUCCAGCAGGGCUUCGACUCGGCCGCCAUGCUGGCCAUGAUGGAGGAGCACGACGUGCGCUCGGUGGCGCCCAACCUGGGCCAGGCGCGGGUGCUCUCCCGCGUGGUCCUCAACUGCAGGAUGGACCUGCAGCGGGCGGUGGGGGGCCACCCCCCCGCGCGGGGGCGCUCCAACAGCUUCAGCCACCGCAACGACGUGUACCUGCAGCAGCAGCAGGCCCUGGACCCCCACCUCAUGCAGCAGCCCCCCCUCACGUCCCUCUCCCCCAGGAUGGGAGAGUUUUUGGGCCGGAGGCCCAGCAGCGCCCCCUCCCAGCACCUCCUGGAGACGGCCACCUACCCCACGGCCCGGUCCGCCCUGGCGGGGUACCCCGUCAGCCCCGGGGGGUACGGCGCCGCGUCGCCCCUCGCCCGCCCCCCGUACGGGGCCCACACCGGGCUCCCCACGUCCGGCCUGCAGCACCAGCCGGGCCUGGGGCCCGGCGCGGCCGGUGCGGCCCCCAAGACCUUCUCCACCAACUACACGGUGCCCAUGGAGCUGAUGAAGAGGGCCCCCAGCCUGCCGCCGGCGUCCCCCCUGCAGAGCCCCCACCUCAGCCCCCAGCUCCUGCGCAAGGGGGCCGCCCCCGAGAGCGCCCUCCUGCCCGCCGCCUCCUCCACCCUCCAGGUGCAGAGCGCCCAAAAUGUCGCCAACCAGAAGCUGACCCGCCGAACCGGCCCGCCUGUCAUCGUCUCCACCAUGCCGUCCCCCGACUCAAGUAUCCGGCCCCAGAUCAUGAACGGGCCCAUGCACCCGCGCCCCCUGGUGGCGCUGCUGGACGGGCGCGACUGCACGGUGGAGAUGCCCAUCCUCAAAGACCUGGCCACCGUGGCGUUCUGCGACGCCCAGUCCACCCAGGAGAUCCAUGAGAAGGUGCUGAACGAGGCCGUGGGAGCCAUGAUGUACCACACGAUCACGCUGACCCGCGAGGACCUGGAGAAGUUCAAGGCCCUGAGGAUCAUCAUCCGCAUCGGCAGCGGCUACGACAACAUCGACAUCAAGGCCGCCGGCGAGCUGGGGAUCGCCGUGUGCAACAUCCCGUCGGCGGCGGUGGAGGAGACGGCCGACUCCACCCUCUGCCACAUCCUGAACCUGUACCGGCGGAACACCUGGCUGUACCAGGCCCUGCGGGAGGGCACGCGCGUGCAGAGCGUGGAGCAGAUCCGCGAGGUGGCGUCCGGCGCCGCCCGCAUCCGGGGGGAGACCCUGGGCCUCAUCGGCUUCGGCCGGUCCGGGCAGGCGGUGGCGGUGCGGGCCAAGGUGUUCGGCUUCAACGUGAUCUUCUACGACCCGUACCUGCAGGACGGGCUGGAGCGCUCGCUGGGGGUGCAGCGCGUCUACACCCUCCAGGACCUGCUCUACCAGAGCGACUGCGUGUCCCUGCACUGCAACCUCAACGAGCACAACCACCACCUGAUCAACGACUUCACCAUCAAACAGAUGCGGCAGGGGGCUUUCCUGGUGAACGCGGCGCGGGGGGGCCUGGUGGAUGAAAAGGCCCUGGCCCAGGCUCUGAAGGAGGGGAGGAUACGCGGGGCUGCCCUGGACGUCCACGAGUCGGAGCCCUUCAGCUUCGCCCAGGGCCCUCUGAAGGACGCGCCGAACCUGAUAUGCACCCCGCACACGGCCUGGUACAGCGAGCAGGCCUCCCUGGAGAUGAGAGAGGCGGCGGCCACGGAGAUCCGCCGUGCCAUCACCGGUCGUAUCCCUGACAGCCUAAGAAACUGCGUCAACAAGGAGUUCUUCGUCACCACGGCACCCUGGGGAGUGGUGGACCAGCAAGCCGUUCAUCCUGAGCUCAAUGGCGCCGCCUACAGGUACCCGCCGGGCGUGGUGGGCGUGGCUCCAGGUGGGAUCCCCGGAACGAUGGAGGGCAUGGUGCCAGGGGGAGUGCCGGUGGCCCACACCUUGCCCUCCGGUACACACCCCUCACAGGCCCCAUCGCCCAACCAGCCCUCCAAACAUGGCGACACCAGAGAGCACCUAACCGAGCAAUAGCAGUAGACCAGGAGCGUUCACAACCAACACUCAACCCGGGACCAAGAGACAGUGAACACACCCACUGCCCUGCACUGGGAACAGCCACACGUUCCACGGAUUUGUACUUUUCAUUUUUAGUUUAGGUGUUUUUUUUUUUUCUUUCUUUUUUUGGUUUAGUACAAUUUUUUUUUUUUCGGAAAUGCCAGUUUUUAUUGGACGUUCCAGUGUUAAUACAGUGCAGGUGGGGCGGGGCUAGCGUGUCAGCCAGGAGACUCAGCCACGCCUACCCACUCAUCGUCUCGUGGGGAAAGCCUGCUUCCUGACGUACAGAUCAGAGCUCAGAGAAACCACGACAUCACGUGUUACUGGACCCCGCCCCCACCCCCCCCCUCACCCCGCCCUGUGACCCAUUUCCCCGUAUUCCCUCCCUCUCUAACCCCCCUUCCAUGUCAGUUAAUGUGCGUCUGAAGGUUAUUCUCGGUUUAUUCCGUUUAUUCAAGCCCCAGAAAGCAAAUAUGCUUUUCUUUUAUUCUUUAAUGUGAGAAAUAAGAAAAUAAAAAAAGAUUAUAAAAAAUAUAUAUAUUUAUCAGACAACAGCAAAAGGAAGGAAAAAGAUUGCCCACUGCAGCAGCAAUCUACUUAGUGAACUUUAACCCUUUCCUGGCCAUGGCCUUUCACUGAUGUACCAUGAUAGGUAGUUCUCAGAAUGGGCUUUGACCACCCAGAGAAUGCUUCCACACAGCAGACCCAUAGCGUGGCUUCUGGCCACGGAGUAUUUAAAUAAAUAAAAAUCUAUUAUCUAUUUACAUCAAAUUGUAGCACAAUAGUCUUAAUGCCGAUAAUUCAAGGUCACACAGCACUCACAGAUUGCAUUUGUAUGAUUCGGCUAAUACGCUUCAUGAAAUAGCUCCGGCAUUAGUAAGUGUAACAAUUACUUAUUUAUUUGCUUAGCCUUAGCAUAAGCCCUUACGAAGAGUAACUUGCAUAGCUUGCAUUUUUAUAUAUUUGCCAUGCAUAAGGAUGAUUACUUUAGCAGUUCAGGUCCAUUACUUUGCUCAAAGGUAUAGCAGGAGCACUCUAAACAAGAUUCAUGCCUCUGACCUUCUGGUUACCAACUCACUUCUCUACCCACCACCCUAGCAAAAAAAAAGAGCUGCCGAAACAAAGCUGUCCUGCCAUUCAUUUUAAACAAAAUGUGUCUGAUUCAUAAAUGUUACAUACAGAAUAUUUUCAGACAGAACUUACAGCUAUUUAUAUUAAUAUUGGAAUCAGAAUUCUUGGAAGUACCCAGUAGCACGUACUUGAGUUACCUUAUUUCUGGCAGUGAAGUGUAUACCUGGGUAUUGUUUGAACAGUCUUGCUCAGAUGAGAGGAUGUUUGUGUGUGAGGCAGCAAACUACCCAGCAAAUUCAGAAUUUUCAGCUAACAUCUGACUGAUCAUGCUUUUGAUGUCCUAUUUCUCAGCAAAAGCAAGAAGAUAUUGUGUAUGACUUUUUCUCUCCAACCACAUCUCCUGAUGGUUUUGAUAAGACUGGUUCCUUUUUUUUUAAAUAAAUUCAUGCCUUUUCAUCAGAAGUAAGAUUACAUUCCCUUGAUCAGGAAAGGGUUAAAGCAAACAUUAGUUGUGGAUUAAAGUAAACCACACAUUUCUUACUGACUCAGGAAACCACCUUUUUGCAGAUAUUUUUCCCCAAGAUAUUGUCUGAGAAAGAAAAAAAAAGCUGUCUGGAUAUUUCUCUCUUCCUACUCCCUCUCUCUUCUCCAUUGUGAUAUUUUUAUAUAACAGACACAUCCCGUGUGUUUGGUGUUUAAAAGUUUUGCAGAGUCCUGUUAGAUUUGUAUUGCCUAGUUAAAUGUUCUUAUAACCAUAGUCUUUUUGUGAACCACCUCUCUCUCUUUUUUUGUUCUAAUGAAGGCCAGUUGGAGCUCUUGAGGGCGUUGUACUCUGAGAGCAAUAGCAAACUCUUACUAGUGUCCCAACAAUAGCAGACGAUGGCUGCCAGAGAAAUGUUUUGUUUUUAGUGUGAGUAUUUGUAUUGUUUCUUGUACAAGGUGAACAUUUAGCAUUCAGUGCAGUUCAAAUAAAAAGAAAAACAACUCAGAA